AUGAAGCUAAGUAUUAAAAUAAAGAAUAACACCUCGUCCAACAGCAGUAGCAGUAGUGGACUUGGUAUGACACAUUUAACACAAAAUGGAGAUAAUAUUAUGCAUAAAUAUAAAAAAAAAAAUUUGGAAAUGAGGAAAAUGAAAGGUGCAAUAAUUACGGGGGAAAAAUUAAAUGGAAAAAUGGCUAGUGGUACGUCUCUCAGGGCGUUAGGAAAUGAAAAUAGCUUUAAGCUUAAUGCGAAUUUAAUUAACGAAGAAAAGGAAAAAUCAGAAAAGAAUAGCUAUAACAAUAGAUAUAAUUCAAACAAAUCAUUUACAAGUAGCACACCCACAACUCGAAAAGUUCCGAAAAAAAAAAAAAAAAAAAAAAAAAAAAUGAAAAAUGACAUGAACGGCAAGGUAAUAAAAAGAAACGGUGAUUUAACUAACGAACCAAUUGAUAAAAAAAAAAGCGCUUCAAAAAAUAUAUCAAAAAAUUUUAAUUUAAAAAAAAAUAAUAUAAUUUCUUCAAAUAUAAAUAUUACAUCAAACACAAAAAAAAAUUAUAAAAACGGAAAAAUAUUAUCACAACCUGAAAAAAUAUUAAAAAAAAAUAAUAAUAAAGUCUUAAAAAAUAAUAUAGAAGGAAUGGAACCAAAUAUGGAUAAUAAACAAGUUGAAGAAAAUGUUGAGCAUGAUGAGACAAUAAAAAAUGACGACAAAUCAAAUGAAAUAAAGACACAUACACAAAGUGGCCAAGAUGAGUCUAUGCAAAAAACAGAUGAAAUAAAAGAAAAUAUACAAAACAAACAUGUAAAAAAUGAAAGUCUAAAUGAAGAUAUCGAUAAAGAAUCUUUUAAAAAUUCAUCAAUAAAUGAUAAUAUACAAAAAAAUAAUAAAAAUAAACAAGAUAGUAAUGAAAAAAUGAAAGGAGAUGAAUUUAAUUUAGGUAAAACACAUAUGCGUACAUAUGAAACAUCAACUCCCCAUUUUAUAAAAGGAAUAUAUGAUCCAACUAAUGAUAUAUUUUCUGAGGAAAAUAAAAAAAGUUCUUAUAUCAGUUUAAGUAAAACAACUCCCAGUUUAUUACCAGGAUAUAAAUCUGUAACAUUUGAAGAAUUAAAUAAUCCAAAUUAUAAUACUAUAAAUAAUAUAAACCAAAAUAGUAUAUACCCAUCAUCCAUGUUUUAUCCCCCUUUUAAUUUUAUACCACAUAUGAAUUGUACAAAUUUAAAAGAAGCUUAUAUUUUAAAAAAUCAUGUAACAUUACAUAAUUCCUUAUUAACUUCAGCUGAUAUAUCGAAAGGUACUAUACAUAGACAGUACAAUGUUGGAGUUACAUACCCAUAUGGGGUUCCUUAUAUUGACGUUAAAAAUAUAAAGAAUUCAUAUGGCAAUAAAAAGACAAAAGCAUGA